AUGUCAACAAUGAAUAAUAACAAUAAUAAUCAAAUGCCACUACAACAACAACAACAACAACAACCAACACCAUCACAAUUACAAUUAAACGAUUUCAUACCUCCACAAUUACGUGAUCCUUCACCGAAUGUACCUAAUGUUCCAUUAGACUUCAAUUUAGCUGCAACUACAACUGCAAAUAAUAUACCGCGAAAUGCAUUGCCACAACGGCAAAAUUUUGCAACAACAAAUACUACUCAACCAUUUACUAUGAAAAUUAAAUCAGUAGAAUUAGUAUGCUGGCGCGUAAAAUUGCAUUUUCUCCGUCAAAUUAUAAGUUUUUUUCAAAAACAAUGA